AUGGCGUAUGGGAGUAUGGUAUGGGACAAUUGUUCCAGCGAUUGUGUUCAAAGCAUUCUAAAGCUUCAGAAAAAGGCAGCAUUAAUCAUUCUUGAAGCUGAUAGGACUACACCGUCAAUAACUUUACUUAAUACCUUGAACUGGCUGCCAUUUACUAGGCAGUCGCAAAUUAAAUGGAAUACAUUAGUUUACAAGCGUGUAAAUACAAGUGUAAAUACACCCAAUUAUAUUGAUAGACUUUUAUUACAAAAUUCGGAUAUUCAUCAAAGAGAAACCCGAUACUCAAAUACAAACUUGGUGUGUCCUAGAUUUACCAGAAAAACUGAAGGUGGUCAUACUUUUACGGCUAGAUCCUCUAUUGAGUGGAAUAGCAUUGAUAUGGACAUUAGAAAAAAGACAUCAGUGGCUAGUUUUAAGUCCAAUUUAUAUAAAUCAUUUUUAGAAAAACAGAAAGCCACCAUGAUCAUGAGUUUGUAA